GCGGGGCGGCCGCAGUCCCCGCCCCCGGGGCUCUCCCGCCGCUUCCUGCGGGCACGGUCGGGCCGGGGCGGCGGCGGCGGCGGCGGGCGACCAACCUUGUGCCCCACCAGUGCUGGGGGAUGCCGGCAUGCCGGUGCCCGCCUGCCUGCAGCACCCUACCCUGAGCCCGGUGCUGGAGCCCGGCCGCGCCAUGGAGGAGCCGGCCGGCAGCGGGGCCGAGCCGUGGGCCGAGGGGCUGCACAACAGCAACAACAACGCUUCCCCGGGGGGGUGGCCGGGCGCCCGCAGCGGGCAUCCCCUGGCACCUUUCGGCAGCGCCGGGGCUGAGCCCAGCUACCUGGGGCGGGUGGUGCUGGAGAUCGUGGAGUCGGAGCGCACCUACGUCCGUGACCUGCGCAGCAUCGUGGAGGGUUACCUGGGCAAGAUCAUCGACUCGGAGGAGCCGGUGCUGCGGCCGGAGCAGGUCAGCGCGCUUUUCGGCAACAUCGAGGAUAUCUACGAGCUCAGCAGCACCCUGCUGCAAAACCUGGAGAGCUGCGGCAGUGACCCUGUGGCCGUGGCCGUCUGCUUCGUCACCCGGAGCCAGGAGUUCGCCAUCUACACCCAGUACUGCAACAACUACCCCAGCUCGGUGGCGGCGCUGGCCGAGUGCAUGAGGAGCAAGCCGCAGGCUCGGUUCCUCCGCGAGUGCCAGGAGCGGCUGCGGCACGCUCUGCCCCUCGGUGCCUACCUGCUCAAGCCCGUCCAGAGGAUCCUCAAGUACCACUUGCUGCUCCAGGAGAUUGCCAAACACUUCGAGCACAAGUCAGGGGACGACUAUGAGGUGGUCCUGGAGGCCAUCGACACCAUGACCUGCGUCGCCUGGUACAUCAACGACAUGAAGCGCAAGCACGAGCACGCCAUCCGCCAGCAGGAGAUCCAGUCGCUGCUGCUGGGCUGGAAGGGGCCGGACCUGACCAGCUACGGGGAGCUGGUGCUGGAGGGCACCUUCCGGGUGCAGCGGGUGCGCCACGAGCGCGCCGUCUUCCUCUUUGACAAGACCCUCCUCAUCACCAAGCGUCGUGGCGACCACUACAUCUACAAGAGCCACAUCCCGUGCUCCUCGCUGAUGCUGAUUGAGAGCACGCGGGACUCCCUCUGCUUCAGCCUGGCUCACUACAAGCACAGCAAACAGCAGCACAGCCUGCAGGCCAAAAGCGUGGAGGAGAAGCGUGUGUGGACUCACCAUAUUAAGCGGCUGAUCCUGGAGAACCACCAUGCCAUCAUACCCCAGAAGGCUAAGGAAGCCAUCCUGGAGAUGGACUUGUUCCAUCCCCCGCGCCUGCCCCGCUGCAGCCCCGAGCGCCUGAAGAAGAGCUGGUCCUGCCAGCCCCUGGAUGACACGGCUGCCGAGCUGCGCCAGGGCCGCCGGCAGUCUGAGCCCUUCCAGCACCAGGACCACGUGGAGACGCUGCCAGACCAGCAGCACAGGCACAUGGGGCGCAGGCAGUCAGAGCCUGCCAAGCAGAUCCUGCGGCAGCUGGGUGAACAAGGGCUCAAGGUAAGGCCGGGGAGCAGGGUGGGUUGCGGUGCCCAGUGUCCCCCAGCCCUGGCACGCUACUUGCCAGGGGGGCACGGGGUGCUGAGCCCAGUGCUCGCCCCUGAGUAGCACGCUGGCAGCGAUGGGGCUCUCCUGGAGGUGGGGGAGCCCCCCGAGCACCCCAGCGCCUGGGUGGCAGCUGAGGACGUGGUGGAGGAAGAAGAGGAGGAGGAGGCUUUGGGCAAGGACUUCCAGGAGGAGCUGCCUGGGGCCGGGGACCUGCCAGUGGAACCCCAGGAGGAGCAGACUGAGGGGCACCCACCGGUGCCAGAGGUACCCAAGCGGCCAAGCAGCUGGGGGCCGGGGAGCUGCGAGAAGGUCAGUGCGGCUCUGCAGCCCUUGCCCGGGGGUCCCAGGGGACCCAGCACCCACCCACCCACCCCUCCGCAGGCUGGCAGCGCUGUGGAGCACCCCAAGGGGCCGGGGGCACCCGAAACCCCAUCCUUGGAGGGGACCCCAGCACCAGUGCUGCCUGGCGGGGAGGGGGAACCAGACCGCGCUGCGGAGGAUUUGCAGGGGCUGAGCAGUGAGGAGGAGGAGGAAGAAGAAGAAGAAGAAGGAGCUGCCAGUAGUAUCCUGCCACCAUCAGUGCUGGACCAGGCCAGCGUCAUCGCCGAGCGCUUUGGUGGCGGCAGCAGCUUCUCCCGCCGCAGCAGCCUGGCGCUGGAGGGGCCGGCGGGGCGGCUGGCCAGCCGCAGCGACAGCAUCCUCAGCCUGGACGGUGGCCCCCCGCUUGAGGCCGUGGAGCCCGGGGGGUCCCGCAGCACCAUCCCCUCGCCCGAGCCCCUCACCGGAACCCGCCGGGAGUCGCAGCUCUCCAGCCGGGACCGCCUGCUUCUCGACAAGAUCAAGAGCUAUUACGGCCACGCUGAGAACCGGGAUGCCAGCUUCAGCGUCUGCCGCCGUGAGAGCCUCUCCUUCAUCCCUAAGGGGCUGGUGCGAAGCUCCGUCUCCCGUCUCAACGGCCUCCCCCGGCCCCCGGCGAGCCCCGAGCCCCCCGCCCAGCCAGCGCCAGGGGAGCCCGAGGUGCCACCAGAGGAGCCGUGCCGGGAGAACGGGCUGCAGCCCCCCGAGCCACUGCUCAUCUUGGAGGAGGACGACCUGGGUGCCGUGGGCGAGGGGCCGCCGGCCGGGCCACCACCGCGGCUGCUGCUGACCCCCCCCCAGCACCCCGGCACCAAGGUGUACCAGCUGGCGCGGCAGUACAGCCUCCGCAUCAAAAGCCACCGCGCCAGAGCCCGAUGUGCCCCGGCGCAGCGAGAGGAGGGGGACCCAUGCACCGGCACCCCCCCAGUGGCUGUGCCACAGGGCAGGGGACCAGCGGUGUUGCCCUCCCCGGGCACCCCCCGCAGUCCCCCAAGCCCUGGCAGUGCUGAACCCUUCACCUGGCCCGACGUGCGGGAGCUUCGUGCCCGUUUCGGCGCCCCGCGGCCCCCGCCAGUGAGCCGCAGCCGCUCGGCGCCCGAGGGGCCGUGCCGGGGUGGCCGGCCGGUUGAGAAGGAGCGGGGCAGUGGCCGGAGCCGGAGCGCUGAGGCAGGCGGGGGGUCCAGCACCCCUCGGCCGGCACCGGCGCGGCAUGGCAGCGAUGGGGCUCUGUGGGUGGCUGCAGAGGCGUCCCUGGGCCCUGGGCAGCAGGUGCUGGUGCUGGAGCGGCUGCCGGCCCCUGCCGAGCCCCACGCCUACGUGCAGAUCCGUUCGCCCACCACCCGGGAGAAGAUCUGCUUGAAGGCGGUAGUGGAACGUUGCAAAGCCUACCAGGCCUCCGAGGAGUACCGGCGACGCUGCCCCGAGCCCCCCGACACCCCUGAGCCCCCCCGCCCCGGCCUCGUCAGGGACCUGCGGCAGAAAUUUCAGACCCUCGACGCUGCCAGCUAGGUGGGCGAUGGGGAGAAGGGGCAUCCCGCAGCCCGCUGGGGGAAGGAGCACCCCAUGGACCCCCAACCUGUCUGGAAGCAGGGGCACCCUAUGGACCUCUAACUCACCCAGGAGAAGGAGCCCCCUCCAAUCUACCUAGAAGAAAGGGCAACCUGUGGACUCCCAGCUCACCUGGCAGAAGGGGCAUUUUGGGGACCCCCCACAAUCUGCCCAGGAGAAGGGGCACCCUAUGGAAGAAGGGGCAGCCCCAUGAACCUCCAACCUGCUCGGAAGCAGAGGCACCCUAUGGCCCCCCUAGCGCCCAGCACUGAGCCUGGCUCGCUUUCACAUCUUUAUUAGAAAAAAAAAAAAAAAAAACCAAAAAAACACCAAACUG